AUGCACCCAUCACCUGUCGAAGCGUAUCAAGUGGGAGUGAUGUGCGCCCUACCCAAAGAGAUGACGGCGGCAAGAGCGAUGUUGGAUGAAGAGCAUGAGCCGCUGAAGAUAACAGAUGCGCAAGACACUAAUAGCUAUGUGCUGGGCCGAGUCCAUGAACACAACGUGGUGAUUGCGUGUCUGCCCACAGGGGUGUAUGGCACCAACGCUGCGGCCACGGUUGCCAGCAAUAUGUUGAGGACGUUUCCUGAAAUCCGCUUUGGCUUGAUGGUGGGCAUCGGAGGUGGCAUCCCAAAUCUCGCGAAAGAGAUCGACAUCCGCCUAGGCGACGUGGUGGUCAGCCAGCCGGAUGGGACUUAUGGCGGCGUGGUCCAAUACGACCUGGGCAAGAACCUAGGGAAAGAAAAGUUCGAACGGAAGGGAUCUCUCGAUAAACCCCCGACCGUCCUUUUGACAGCCCUCGCAUCCAUUCAGUCCAGGCCUGGCACCUGUCGCCGUCGGGUAUUAGAAAAUGUAUCUGCAAUGAUCCAAAAGCCCGAUCUGGCGGAUGAGAAUUACAUCUUUCCAGGAGUCGACCAAGACCAUUUGUACUGCACUUGGUGCGAUCGGUCUCAAUGGCCAUUAUGGUGGUGGAUGAUAUGGUUGGUGCUAUUCUCGCUAAGCCCAUUGUGGUUGUGUAAUGUGUGCGACAAUGGCAAGAUCCCGAGAUCUCCGGGCCGGAGAGACCCUCAAAUUCGAUACGGAAUCAUUGCAUCUGGGAAUUUGUUGAUCAAAAACGCUGCGGAAAGGGAUCGAUUGGCGUUUGCAAAAGAACUAUUGUCGACUGUCAGUCCUACGGCGGUGCAUGUCACACGACAUGCUACGGACGCCAUGAAUCAUCGAACACACGAACUCCUUGGCGAAGGCAUCCAGCUUCAGAAACAAGCCAUCGAGGUACAACGCGAGCAUUCCCAUAAAUCUGAAGUACGGCAUCUAACCGAGCGUGAACAACAUUGCCACCAGGCUUUUAAAACAAGUACUUAUGAACGGUACAAAAACAUCAAUCCAAAGAGAGUUUCGGGCACAUGCCGAUGGUUGCUCAACCAUAGUCAGUUUCGAGCGUGGCAACAAAGCCGCUAUCAUGAUCUCCUGUGGAUAUCGGCCGAUCCGGGAUGUGGCAAAUCCGUCCUCGCCAAGUCUCUGGUCGAUCAUGAAUUUGGCGAUGCAGAUCAGCAUAGUGUCUGCUACUUUUUCUUCAAAGACAAUGAACGCCAGAACAACCUUAACACUGCUUUAUGCGCCGUUCUCCACCAACUCUUUGAUCACCAACCGUCACUACUGCGUCAUGCGCUGCCCGCAUGGGAUAAGGUCCAGGACAAGAUACAGCAAGAAAGUGAGGAAAUGUGGCGAAUUCUCCUCGCCGCGGCGGCCGACCCGUCAGCUGGACCCAUCGUAUGUGUCCUGGACGCAUUAGACGAAUGUCAGGACAAGGACCGACAACAGCUCAUCGCUAAACUUUGUGAUUUUUACCAACGGUCAUCGCCCGCGCUGUCGGGAGGUCGGCUGAAAUUUUUGGUGACAAGCCGACCUUAUGACAAUGUGCAGCGCUGGUUUGAGGAGAAUACGUCACAUUUGCCACAGAUCCGGCUGCGAGGAGAGGACAAGAACGACCAGAUCCACGAGGAGAUCAAUCUGGUGAUGGACCGACAGAUAGACAGCCUUGCAACCGAGUUUAGGCUUUCCGGAAAUCACCAAGAGAGGCUACGACAAAGCCUACGACAGAUGGAACAUCGCACCUACCUCUGGCUCUAUCUGGCCAUGGAAGACAUACGGACCACGUAUCGGGACAGCCCUGAUCCCGAAGAGGAGCCCACUAACACUCUCCCUAUAUCAGUAGAGAGUGCAUACGAACGCAUAUUGGAAAGAAUUACCGAACAACAGAAGUCCCAGGCGCGAAAGAUCUUGCUCAUCAUCGUUGGUGUGCGACGCCCAUUAACCAUUAGCGAGAUGAGCCUGGCGUUGAAUGCGGCCAGCGCGCACGAACUAGGUCAAUCGUAUAUAAAGAAACCAAACGUGCAGCAUCUGGAGAGACAUAUCCGACAAUGGUGUGGCCUCUUCGUCUUUAUCAAGCAUUCCCAGCUCUUUCUCAUCCACCAAACUGCUAAGGAGUUCCUUGUCGCACAUGGCUCCAAUUUCAGUUCUAUGUCAGGCUGCUGGAAGUCAACAUUUUCCCAGACGGAGAUUGAAGGUGAAAUGGCGAGACUGUGUGUGACGUACUUAUGUCUCCGUCAACAAGAUCGCAGACCUAGCGACGAACGCCGCCAGGGUUACAAGCGCGCCGACACCAGAGUCCCAGUGGUCCCGCGGUCAACUUGGGAAGGGCAGAACAAAUUCUUUGAAUAUUGUGCUGAGCAUUGGACAUCGCAUCUAAGAGAGGAUGUUGUUACCAAAGACAGGAAAGUACUAGAUCGAGUCCUACUCCUGUACGCAACAGAUACGGAUCAAUUUCAUGCAUGGUUUCCCAUUAUGUGGAAGGCACUUUACCCAUAUCAACGGACAGCGGAAGUACAGAUUCAACAUGUGGUUUCCAUGAGUGAUCACGCGUUCGUCCUUAAUGAAAUCUUUCACAGGGCUAAAUUCGAGCUGGAGGCACGGGAUAGCACUGGUAGAACAGCAUUACAUUGGGCGGCUGAAAGAGGUCACGAGAAGGUGGUGGAGAUGUUGCUGGCUAAGCACGCGGAGGUAAAUGCUCAAGGUGGAUACUAUGGCAAUGCACGCUUUAAGAUACUUAUAAAUUACUAUUAUUAA